ACCGCAAAUAGUAAUACCGAUACGGCUACGUUACGGUGUGGUAGGAACCAACAGAUACCGAGCAGCAAUACGGAAUACGGUAGCGGCUGGCCCCCUUUGACCGUAACAGGAUACUCUAUGCUGAUGUAGGAGUUCUCUGGCCUGCCCCUCUUUCACCUAGGUGAGGGCACGUCUCGAUCAGACGACAGCCACCCUCCCACGCCGACUUCUUGGGACUGCGGAACACCCUGAUUCCGGUCUGAUCCAGUAUUUGCCCGUCUGGCUGUCCACAGCUAUGCGCUAAAAGGGUAUACUCAACUCGAAGUGGCACGCACGUACACCACAAGAUGUCUGCCAAAGGCAAAGACCGGGCCGCACAGGGGGAUGUCGCCGCGAGUACGCCUACGAAUCCGAGAGGUAUUCCCACCGCCCCGUUCGUCGAUAAGGUCGAGGACUACGUGACCUCGAGGGAGGACGUCCAAUCUACCCUGCGCAGCUUCCAGGAGAUGAUCUCGAAAUACCAGUUUAUGGAGCUCAACCUACAGCGGAGGAUCGCCGGGCUCAAGGACAAGAUGCCCGACAUACAAAAGACGCUAGAGACGGUGCAGUUCCUGAAGACGCGGACGGCGGACUCGGAGCCGAUCGAGACGACAUUCGAACUUAGCGACACGCUGUACGCCAAGGCGUCGAUACCACCUACCGAGGAGGUCUACCUAUGGCUCGGGGCGAACGUGAUGCUGGCGUACCCCAUCGACGAAGCCGAGACGCUCCUCACGACCAAGCUGUCGGCGGCGAGACAGAGCCACGCCAACUGCGAGGAGGACCUGGAUUUCCUCCGGGAGCAGAUCACGACGAUGGAGGUGGCGAUCGCGAGGGUGUACAACUGGGACGUGAUGCAGAAGCGGAAAGAAAAGGCGGACGAGGAGCGUAAAGGGAAGGGAGAGGCGGACGGGGACGGGCAGCCGAACGGGUGAAAGGGGGAUCCCGUCGCGCUCGCGUUGUCGUGCAUGGGUGUGGAGAGACGAUUGCCCGGCAGGUUACUUAAGGUAGGUAGUAGCGAGCUACCUGUAGCCAAGCGGUGUUACCGUUAGACUCAACGACUGUUGGAUGUUCGUUGUGCGGAGUACUCGAAUAAUAGCCUAAGUGCUCGAGCGACCUGCCUAGGCAUUUAUUACUGACUCUCUGCUUUGCCGGGCAUACAAUCUGUCUCGAAAAACGUGGUCGGGGAGAGGGUGACGAGAGAGAGAGAGAGAUGCAGACCUUACCUACAGGUGCGGACGAGAUGGACGUCUUAUGCACCAACUACGCCGGCUUUCCGUCACGUCGAGGCUGUCUAACCGUUGCGCGGCCGUUCGUCUGGAGCGUGACGCAAUCCGUUGAGCAGGGCGCCGCCGGUGGGUUUUGGCGAAGAGUGGUAUUUUUCAGCAGUAGAUACCUGCUGCCACCUUGCAUCUAGCCAGAUAUGAACAUAGGGGAGGGCAUUCAUCGUAUCCGCAUGUAGGUAAGGUAGUAAGUAGUAGGGUCUUGCUCCUUUUUGGCCUCCCGCUCGCCCCGCAGCUUCACGCCUGGGUCUUGUCGCGCGUUUCGAUAGCAGCUCCGGGGUAGAAAUGAAAUCUCGUAUGGCUUCGAGCGGUGGCAUGGGCCUGGGAAACUAUAUUGGCAUCGCCGGUCUGGGCGCGGAUCAGGGAUGUUCGGGG